ACCCCCCCCCCCCUUCCACCUCCACCCUCCACCCCUGGUCCCGGUCGCCCAACAACCACUUUAUCAUACUCAGAUCGAUCAUCUCAAACCCGCCUGUCCCGUUCACGCACCUCGACUGUCCAGCGAUUGGGAUAAUAUGAAUAGACCAUUUUGCAUCGAGGCCUGGCGCAGAGAUUGAGUUCUUAUAUACUGCAAGAAAAACGACAACCUUCCAUUCAUAUCACCGACUUGGUUCACCACAAUAUUAGCCAGUCUCGUCCUCAUCAGACUGUGCGCCUUUUCGACAUGUCGACACAACAGAGUUCCGACCUGUUCAGCGAGGGCAAGCACGAGGGUUUCUCUAAAUAUGUUAAACGCAUCAGAACUGCAAUGAGGAGGACCUCUACCAUCAAGACAUUUCCGUCGCCCGGUAUACAGGGGGCUACUGAGGUACCCGCGUCCAGUCAGAACGCUACCCUGACAGCUACUCCUCUCACACCUGCCAUCAGUGCGUCCCCCAAUGCGACCGUACUUUACAACUGGGGAGUCAUCCAAGAACAGAAGGCGCGCGCCUUGUUCGCAAAGUAUGGACUAGCCAUCGAGCCAGGAGAAUGGAAGGCGCCUAGCGACAUGACCGUGCAGCGAGUGGUGAGGCCGAUCCGUAUGCGAGUCCGCCGUACCUGCCACCGCUGUCAGACCAUUUUCGGGCCCAACAAAGCUUGCGUCAAUUGUCAACAUGUUCGCUGCACAAGCUGUCCGCGGGACCCCAUUGCGAAGCCCGACGAGAAACAGGCACAGACUGAAGCUGCACUCCAAACCCUCCUGUCGCAAAAGACGCCUGAGAUUGCCCCGGCGCCGCGCCAAUCCAAAGAACCUCGCCUGACCUUACCCUCACGUACCGGUGGCCAGGAUUUGGUCCACAAUCCACCUCGCCAGAGAAUUCGGCGAACUUGCCAUCGCUGCAACACCGUUUUCGCGGCAGAUGCUAUGGAAUGCACUACUUGCAAACACAUUCGCUGUACUCUGUGCCCUCGCGAGCCGGCGAAGCUUAACAAAUACCCGAAUGGUUAUCCCGGAGACGCCGAGCCUCCCUCGGAACUACCUGCACGGACAUGGAAGAAGCCCCGGCAACGGGUUCGAUACUUCUGUCACCGCUGCAACAACGUACUACAAUCGCGAGAAACCAUUUGCUCCCAUUGCGGGCAAGAGAAAUGUGACGAGACCAUACGGGAUCCGAAACGCAAAGAAAGGCCAAAACCCGACCCUGAGAUAUCGAAACGAGUCGAAGAACGAUUGGCGCAUGUGAAGAUAGUGAGCACGGGAUCAAUGGAACGCUGAAACGAUCAUGGUCACUUCACGCCGCGAUUCACGGCCCUAGUAAAAUGCUCAACGAGUUCUCUCUUUUUCCCUCACCAGAGCGUGUUCAGCCCAUACGGCCGGCCUAUUCCCAGAUUUCUUGUCCCCAGUCUGGACAGCAUGAGAAUGGAGCCCAGACGAAGAGCCACCGAGAGGAGUUUGAUGGGGGGCACAGUAGGGCUGGUCCUAGUGAUUGGUGCAUCUUGAAGCCUCAAUCAGGAUUAUUUGCCCGUUGUGCAAGGCCUGUGAAUAUGCGCUUACGAUGGUAACUAUGCAGCAAUGAACCAAACCCACGAUGUUACAUCGCCGGGCUUGCUACGAAAUUAGGUCCUUGCAAUU